GAAGUACACCAGUCACUACAAGUUUCUGAAAACGGUUAAAACAGCAUAUGUGAGAUAGUCAGAGCUACACAACUACUUAUGUAAUCAAUCAUUUGAUCACGUUUGUUAUAAAAGUCUCUGCAUCUUCUCAAUCAGUCACUCACAGUAACCAGAUUCACUCAUUUCACAUCCAAUGAAUCCAAUCAAACCUCAGCCACUCGGACUCCGCCACGUGGUGGCAAUGCCUUGGCCAGGAAGAGGCCACAUCAACCCAAUGUUAAACCUCUGCAAACGCCUCGUCCGGCGAGACCCGAACCUCAUCGUCACAGUCGUCGUCACAGAAGAAUGGCUCGGGUUCAUUGGAUCCGACCCGAAACCUAACCGGGUCCACUUCGCCAAUCUCCCAAAUCUCAUCCCUUCCGAGCUCGUCCGGGCCAACGACUUCAUCGGCUUCGUCAACGCCGUCCUCACCAGAUUAGAGGAGCCCUUCGAGCGGCUUCUUGACCGUCUCAGCUCUCCACCUCCUAACGCAAUCAUCGCCGACACUUACAUCAUUUGGGCAGUUCGUGUCGGCGCAAAAAGGAAUAUUCCGGUGGCUUCUUUCUGGACCACGUCCGCCACAAUUCUCUCUCUCUUCAUUCACUCCGAUCUUCUCGCAAGCCACGGCCACUUCCCGGUAGAACCAUCAGAAUCAAAACUUGACGAGAUCGUUGAUUACAUCCCGGGUUUGUCUCCGACGCGAAUCCGUGAUUUGCAGAUCUCUCACGGCUAUUGUCAUGAGGUCUUCAAUGCAUUCAAAAAGUCUUUCGGUGAGCUAUCCAAAGCUAAGUACCUUCUCUUCCCUUCUGCAUAUGAGCUCGAACCAAAAGCCAUCGACUUUUUCACUUCCAAGUUUGACUUCCCUGUUUACGCCACUGGUCCGUUAAUACCCUUUGAAGAACUAUCCGUUGGAAAUGAGGACAAGGAACUUGAUUACAUUGAAUGGCUUGACGAGCAACCAGAAAGCUCUGUGCUUUAUAUAUCUCAAGGGAGUUUUCUUUCGGUCUCUGAAGCUCAGAUGGAGGAGAUAGUGGUAGGUGUGAGAGAGAGUGGAGUCCGGUUUCUUUGGGUAGCUCGUGGGGGCGAGUUGAAGCUUAAAGAGUCUCUUAAAGGUAGCUCGGGUGUUGUGGUGAGCUGGUGCGAUCAGCUGCGUGUGCUGUGUCAUGUGGCGGUAGGCGGGUUUUGGACGCAUUGCGGGUUUAACUCGACAUUGGAAGGGAUAUAUUCGGGUGUACCAAUGCUUGCGUUUCCUGUUUUUUGGGAUCAGUUUCUGAACGCGAAGAUGAUUGUUGACGAGUGGAUGGUCGGAAUGAGGAUCGAGAGGAAGAAGAAGACAGAGGUGUUGAUAGUGAGUGAUGAGAUCAAGGAAUUGGUAAUAAGGUUUAUGGAUGGAAAGAGUGAAGAUGGGAAAGAGAUGAGAAAAAGGGUUUGUGAUCUCAGUGAGAUAUGUCGAGGUGCUGUUGCAGAAAGUGGUUCUUCUGAUGCUGACAUCGACGCUUUCGUUAAAGAUAUUACCAAGAUCGUUUGAAUUCUGCUGUUAACGAUUAGGGGCUAUUAGUAUUUGUAUGAGUUUGUUAAAGAUUCAAAUUUAAGAUUGUUUGUAGAACUCUUAUUUGUAAGUUUAUUUCUUAGACUCUUUGGUAGAAACUGAACUGUGAGGAGACAUAUAUGGUUUGCCAUCUUGCUUAAACGUCAACAUGCAUUGUUUUCAUUCAAGUUUA